AGGUUCUGGACAUGCGCAUUGUUGUACUUUCAGUUUCGAUUUUGUUUCUAAACAGAGUCGGACAGACGGAAAGCGACGUGUCCUUAGCACAAGGCACGAGACAGAGAAGUUCUGAGCUGAGAGAUAGGUUCUGAGUAGGCCCAGUGCGUAAUAGAAUUGGGUUCACUGAAUGAAACAUCAGUCAUCGGUGCUCUUCCCCUUUUACCUGGCGCCAUCAGUAGCGUAAAAAUAUGUCAACCCACCCCGUCACGGAAAAUGUAAACUAAAAACUAAAAAGAAAAAUUUGUCACGGUACCCACAAUACAAGAUGCCUCGUCUCAUUUCGUUCCCCUGCGUUGUUGUGCUGCUGGUUGCUGCUCUCUCUGCGUCGUGUUCGGCACAAGGCAGUAUUUCUGAUGACGUUGGGAACAUUCUGUCUUCCAUACGGAAUGUAGUUGGAAAUCUUGAAGACUUUGUUGGAGAUCGAAAUGGCUGUAAAUUUGAGUGUAAAAAUGGAGCCAAACCAAAGCCAAGACCUUACUAUACACCAACAUCUAAUGGCUGUGGUGCUUUUGGCAUCAAGCUGGAGGAUCAUAUUGCCAUCAAGGGUGUGACGAAGUGUUGCGACGAGCACGACUUCUGUUACGACACAUGCAACAACGACAAAGACACGUGUGAUAGAGUGUUCAAGAAGUGUCUGCAGCGAAUUUGCAAAAAAGUGAAGGGAAUGUUGACAGAUAAUGUGUACGAAGGAUGCAAGUCGACUGCAGAUCUUCUGUUUGCCGGCACAGUGGCCCUGGGCUGCAAGCCUUACAAAGACUCCCAGGAAAAAGCUUGUGUCUGUAAAGGAGGUUUUGCCAACAGGAGUGACUUGUGAUAUUUAUAUAUAAGAACAAUAUGUUGAAUAUGUGUCACGACGUGGUGAAAUCAGACACUCGUCAAUUUUUGGGUAUAUGGAGUUAUUGGUGUCAUUUUAAAGGUUGCUCAUUUGCCUUGCUGUUGGUGAAAAAAAUAUCCAUUUAUCUUGAAUACAAGUUAAUUAAGAUAUUGGAGAUUGAAAGAGGUGGGAGUUGCCUUGUUUCAUAGGUAACAUUAGGGAGAUAUUGGCCGCCAAAUUUGAGUUAUUUCUUCAGCUUGAGAGUCUGUGGGAACUGAACAUUUACUUGUUGUAUGUCUUUAGUCAACGUUUUUCAGUAAAAUUCACACAGAAAUGUGUUCUUUAAUGGGCAUGAAAGGUGUCGAGGCAAACACAAAAAUUUGAUAAAAAUUCCCAAGCCUGCAGAAAAAUGCCAGUGUCUCGACUUCCAUUAAUUAGCCGAGAUCCUGAUUUCUCCACGCUGCCUCACAUAUAUCAAAGAU